UGGUCCGUGUGGUCGAGCGAGACCGAAAGGGAAGACACGGAGAGCAGCGUUGCGCCUGGCCAAUUUAUGGCUGAAGCCUCAUCAUAAUUUCUCGGGGUGAAAAACCAAGAGGCCAUUCAACUACACCUUCAUUUCCGCGUGUCGGAUAUUGUUGAGCACGCAAUUACUUAGCAAGUCCCGGGUGUUCUUCACGAAUCUCGGGGUUUUGUCUAGAAGCCGACCUCACCGAGCGAAGCCUGAAGGUUGCGUGCAUCAAAAUGAGGACGUCUGUUGCCCUGUUUUUCGCGGCGCUAGGCAGUAUCAGCCUGCCCUGCACGCUCCAUGUCUCCCUAGCUGCGCCAAUGCAAGGAACGUUGGGCCCGGAUGUGCCAGAAAACACCGGUGAGCCUCCUGUUCUUUCGUCCUCUUCCAGUGAUGUUCCACUGCGAGGGGCCGAAGGCGGGAGCACUCAGGAGGGCGCCGUGGAGGGACCCCUGCCACAGGAAUGGAGACAACCGCCCCCAAAGCCUCCCCGUCGACGUCUAGUCGAGUCGAUGCCCAGCCAUUCGAGUUCGUCUAUCCGCAGAGGAGGAGAGAGUAUCGUCACAGGGCCUGAAAACGUUGCCAAUGACGAGGGUGGUUCUCCAUCUGACGAUUUGAAGAUCGUACAGCCCGAGGAUGUGCCGCCUGGGGGCCCGGGGCCGAAAGCUCCCGGAGUUGGUACCAGGAUGAGAAACUGGGCCACUAGAUCCCCGAGACAACAAGCACAACGAGCCAGAGACAUGUUUGGUCGCAUGGGCCGCUUCGUUGGAGGUGCCCGACGGGCUGUUGGACGCGGUUGGCGGCGGUUCACCACGGGUAUGGCGGGAGUCACUGACCGUGUUAGAGGACGACUUGCUCUACGAAGCAGCUUCGAAUUCCGCAACGAGGAGGCGGUCGGACAAUCAGAACUCGCAUCGCUUGCCUCGUCCAUGACAGUUACGGCCCCCGAAGGCGAAGCGUUGGAGGUUGCGCGUGAGGCGGGGCUGCGGUCUGGGGCCUCUAUCAACCUUGUGUCCGCUACAACUGGUGAACAAGUGACGGUAUCUCUCAGCGCACCACUCGGAAUUGGAGAGUAUACGGCAGUUUUCAGCGGAUUCAUCUCUGGCAUUGAUUCUGAACUCGCUGUGAAGGCGUUUCUCGGGAAGACUACAGAGUCGAUGUCAGUUGCCGAGACAGAGGCCAGUAUCCUGAAAAUCGUGUCGCUGAAGGACCCGGUGGACGCAAUGCGUCGACUUCGUCUCUUGGCUCCCAUCGAGACACUGGCUUACCGAAGAGAUGGUGAUUCUGCCGAUCAGAGCGAAGGCAGGCCGGUGUCCUGGUUCCCAAGGCCUCGUCCUCGCUGGUGGAUGUCAUCAAUUUUCUGCGCUCAGGUGAUGCCUCAGCAUUCGAUGAUCGAGCGAAGAAAAUUGUCCGCCUGGGCGCGACUGUGCAGCUGA